AUGGCAAAGUCGAACUCUAAUCUUUGUGCAGUUGUUCUUUUAAUAUCAAUUCUAAUAGUAGCAGCAUCAGCAGGGAGUUUUUACGAUGACAUGGACAUCAGUUUUGGGGGUGAACGUGCUAAAAUUCUGAAUGGAGGUCAGGAUCUUUCACUUUCACUCGACCAAUACUCUGGAUCGGGUUUCCAGUCGAAGCACGAGUACCUGUUUGGAAGGUUCGACAUGCAACUCAAACUAGUACCAGGCAAUUCUGCUGGCACCGUCACCACAUUCUACUUGUCAUCACAAGGUGCGGGUCACGAUGAGAUCGACUUCGAGUUCUUGGGCAACUCCACGGGAAACCCUUACACAAUUCACACCAAUGUGUAUUCACAAGGGAAAGGAAACAAAGAACAGCAGUUCCACCUUUGGUUUGACCCUACCGCAGCCUUCCACACCUAUACCAUCGUAUGGAACAGUCUAAGAAUUAUUUUCUUGAUAGAUAACAUACCAGUAAGGGUGUUCACUAACAAUGAUGCUGCUGGAGUCCCAUUUCCCAAGAGCCAACCCAUGAGGGUUUAUGCCAGCCUGUGGAACGCGGAUGACUGGGCAACCCAAGGUGGGCGUGUGAAGACCGACUGGACUAAUGCGCCUUUCACCGCGUUAUACAGGAAAUUCAAUGCCAAUGCCAAAAAAGUUGGUCCCAAUUCAUCAUGGAGUACCCAAGGACUUGAUGCAGCUGGCCGAAAUAGGAUCCGAUGGGUGCAAACCAAGCACAUGAUCUACAACUACUGCAACGACCGCAAACGGUUUCCCAAUGGUAUUUCAGCGGAAUGCAAGACCUCUAGAUUCCUUUAA